AUGAUCCCUUUGGCAGCCUAUGCACAUGCUGUUACAUUGGUUUCACAGAUAUCUCAUUCGUUCCAUCAGCUGUGGUCGGGUACCCGCGCAACUUUGCCAAGGCUUACAUGGAGGGAAUACAAGGGCCCGGUUUUUAUUGACACUUUGAACCACUUACAACAGCAGGCUAUGGUAAAUCAGGCAUUCAAUCAAUAUAGAACAGAGUUACAUGGUAUUUCCCUUGCGCAGACUUGCAACUCUAAUUUUUCUCAUUCACCAAGUACCCCUGCUCUCGUAGCCAAUCAGGGUACAACAGUUGACAAUCCUGCACUACUAUCAUCAACCACUGUGCUCCCAGUUCCAGUUCCAGCUGCCGCUUUCUAUUCUGUUACCUCUUUAACAGCUCAAGCUAAUGCUGUUAGUUCUGUUAGUGUUGCACCCCUUGUGACCACAAUCACUGCCAUUCAGUCCGACAUUGGUCAACCCGUCAGUGCGCCAAAUGUGAUAUUUGAUGUCAAUAAUGGUGUGUUGAAUUAUUUUUCCCCCCUAUCUCUAAGAGGCGAAUACCACAAUGCCAACCAUUUCACCAUCCGUGUCCAAUGCGGGUUAUGCUGA